UGCAGCAGGACGCUCAUUUUAAAGCACACAAAUCCGAUCUCCACGUGUCGCUCUCUGGAAAAAUGGCUGAGGCCAGUAUUUCAGUAGAUCAGGACCAGUUCAGCUGUCCAGUGUGUCUGGAUCUCCUGAAGGAUCCGGUGGCUAUCCCCUGUGGCCACAGCUACUGUAAGAUGUGUAUUAAUGGUCACUGGGAUCAGGAGGAUCAGAAGGGCGUCUACAGCUGUCCUCAGUGCAGAGACACUUUCACUCCAAGGCCUGUUCUACGCAGAAACACCAUGCUGGCUGAAGUGGUGGAGAAACUGAAGAAGAAGACUGAAGUCUCGUCUUGUUUUUGUGAAUACGACACUGAAUCAUGUGCAUCAGACAGAAGUAAAAAACAGAGUGGACUUAAUGAGGAGCAGAGGAAAUCCCAGCAGAGAAUCCAGGAGAAGCAGAAGAAGGUGCAGGAGCUGAAACAGGCUGUGAACACUAUAAAGCUCAGUGCACAGACAGCAGUGGAGGACAGUGAGAGGAUCUUUACUGAGCUGAUCAGCUCCAUGGAGAAAAAGCGCUCGGAGGUGACGGAGCUGAUCAGAGCUCAGGAGAAGGCUGAACUGAGUCGAGCUGAACGACUCCUGGAGCAACUGGAGCAGGAGAUUGCUGAUCUUCAGAGGAGAGUGACUGAGCUGGAGCAGCUUUCACACACACACGAUCACAUCCAUUUCCUCCAGUCUCUCUCUGCCUUAUCUGGACGUGACGACUCAUCAUCCAUUACUGUGCAUCAACAUCUCUCAUUUGAUGGAGUGAGGAAUUAUCUCUCAGACAUAAAAAAGCAAUUCUUCAACAAAAUCCCUUCAUAUGCGGUUUGGAUGAAUUUACCUUCAGAGCCUAAGACUCGAGAAGAUUUUCUACAACAUUUCUGUUGUCUGACUCUGGAUCUCAACACAGCACAUGGUUACCUCCGUCUGUGUGAGAAGGGCAGAGCGGUGAGACGCAGUAAGAAAGAGAAGCCGUACCCUCGUCACCCUGAGAGGUUUAACUCCAUCGCUCAGGUGCUGAGUAAGGAGAGUGUGUGUGGGCGGAGUUACUGGGAGGUGGAGAGGAGCAGUGAGGGAUGUGUGUACAUCUCAGUCUCGUAUAAAGGGAUCAAUAAUAAAGAGCAGCCGAGACAGACUAUAUUUGGGUACAACGAUCAGUCCUGGAGUCUGGUGUGUUCUCGGUCUCCUCUUUGUUUCUAUCACAACAACAUUAAGACCCAGUUUGGAGUUCCAUCACCUUCUAGAAUAGGAGUGUAUGUGGAUCACAGUGCAGGAACUCUGUCCUUCUACAGCGUCUCUGACACGAUGAAGCUCCUCCACAGAGUCCACACCACAUUCACUCAGCCUCUAUACGCUGGGUUUACUCUGUGGACUCCGGAAUCAGUUGUCAGGUUUUCCGAUCCACAAUAAUGUAUUAUUAAUGUAUAGUGUACCAUACCGAGCGCUGCCGAUUUCUGGAUUCUGAUUGGUCAGAAGGUGUUGAUGAAUUCCUUAUAACAGCAGCUCUGACAGUAGUGCAGCCGCAAAUCAUUAUCGUUUCCAUAAUAACAGCUCAUGUGUGUGUUUCUCGCAAGCAUUACAUCUAAAAUACCAAGAAGUACUGGAUAAUGUACAACUCCAACAUCAGGAUCCUGAGAAAUUUACUGUAUUUAUAGUCAUUUAUUUUUACGAUUCUAACCAGCUGCUGCUACAUUAAACCCACUUAUUACACAAAGCAUAGACCGAAGAAAUCAUAAAUAAAAUAAAAUAAAUAAAUCUCAUAAUUCUUGUGGCUUCAAGUGUCCACUAGAGUCCUCUUAAUUUUUUUUUAAUUUCUUAAAAUUUAAUGAAAAAUAAAGGAAUCAUUUAAAAUGAACUAGGUUUUAUUGCAGCCUAGACAUGAACUUUAAAUGAUAAAUGUGGGCAGAGAGAGAUUUCUGUAUUUUAAUAGAAUGUAUAAAGCUGUUCAUUAGUGACGUGUCGUUCUCCAACGAGUCGGCUCGCAAGUGCAGUUGGAAGGGUUUUUUUUUCUUUUUUGAUUUUCUUUGCUUUCCAUUUUCCCUGUUUUCUUUCUUUCCUUGAAGUGUAUAUGGUUAAAUCAUAUUUUAAAAUCAAAUAGAAUUGUAUAAUAGGCUAAUCCAGUUGAGUUGUAGCCCUUUAACAUCAAUUCUGUACUUUCGCUAAAAGACACAUAAGAGGAUUUACAGCAGGAUUGUGUCUUAUUACAAACACUAACAAAUACCACAUUGUGUUCAUUAAUGGUAUAAAUAAAGCAGAAAUAUUUC